UGUACACUGAGCGCAGCUCAAAGCACCAUGAGCCAGACGGUGACCCGCAGCACCGGGUACCGACCCAACCGGGCCUAUGACUUCCUAUACGAUCCGUUGUACACGUUAUCCAGCGAGCGAGACCAUGCGCAGGCAACUGCCCGAGCGCACAUGUCCUAUGAGAGGAUACAAAAGAUCCCGACCUUCCCUGCCAUGUUUAGUGAGCUGGUUCACCAACCUCGCUAUACGCUGCGUCUUCAGCUUAAAGACCCUGUCCCGCAGUUUAUUGACCGUCAGUGGAGAGGACGCCGAGAGCAGCGGUUGGCUGCGUUCCAGCACCCGGGGAUUUCUCAGGUAUCUUUGUCAAGCACACGGCAAGUUACUGAAAAUGGAGACAUUUCAGGACGGGACCGGUACAAGUUCUUUGAGAGGCCUCUGAUUCCAUUUGUUCAGCAGAUUCCACCCAAUGUGCUGCUGGAGAUAUCCAGGAUAGAUCGCAGCUCCGCAGAUGUAAGAGUGGCCACCCCUGGAGUGCGCACAGUGGGGAUACAAACUGACUACCGUGACAGCGAGGCUCAGACAGAUCCCUACAGUCCAGAGUAUAUUGUACACUCGGGGUCGGUCCCGGAGCUGCUGACCCUCGCCAACCUCACGUGGGGCCGGGGCCUUCCUGCUGGGUUGGCAGAAGUGGAGAUGAUAGAGCGUGCCCGUGAGAAGCGAGCAUGGGAAGCCACGUUACCCCCUCUGAAUGACAUCUCACAGCUGGAGAAGAGAAGGAAGAUGAUGGAUGAGCAGGAAAGGAAAGAGUGGGCAUUCAGAGAGCAGGAGAUUGUGAAGCUCCAGGAGGCUCGCUUGCAAGUGCUGAAGAUGCUUCUAAUGCAGCGGGAGGAGAAACAAGCUGAGAUCAACGGAAAGAGACUGGACUCGCACUGGUGUAAGCGACAGACAGAGAAGGAAGAACGAAUGAAACAAAUCCGUAAAGAGCAUAUUAAAGCGAUCAGGAAACUGACUCAUAAGAUGGGCAACGUGGAAGGCAAGCUGGAGAGACGGAACAUCAUUCAGGAGUACUCAAACUAUGGCUCGCAGACCUAUGCCCCACUAUCCCGCAUUGGCUUCUUCCCAGACCAGCUGUCUGAAAACUAUAUAGUGAAAAGCGCCUUCCUCAGCUCAUACCAAGGUUUAUUAGAUUUGGAGGCAAAUCUCCCAGACUUUGUUACGCAGCCUCGCAUCCGCUCUCCCAAAACCAAAACGACAACCAAGGACGGCUUCCUGAAACGCGCAGCAGUGCUGGAUCGUGAGAUGGAGCAAGUGCACACGACUCUUCGACAGAGAAAAAAUAAAGUUCAAGUGACUGAGAAACCAUUACGCUUCCUUGAAAAGAUAGAGAAGCCCCCACCACGACCUGUGACGCCAAAAGUAGAGGAACCUCCUGAGGGUGACGAGGACAGAGAGUUAGCUGUGAUCUUCUUACAGAAACUAAUCCGUGGACGAGCGAUACAGAACAUGAUGUUUGAGGGGAAGGAGAAGCGUCUGGAGCUUAUCCGGGAGCUGCGUACGACACAUGCCCUGCAGGAGGAGGGGCAGCUGCUAAAGAAGGCAGAGAAGCAGGCGACACUGGCACUGCAACGCCAGAGAGAGCUCAGCGAGCACAAGGCAUCUGUACAAGAUGAACAUCUCGCUCAGCUGGAAGGUGGGGUUCUCUCCGACAUGUUUGACUUCCUUUCUAAGGAGCUGGUGAGGUUACAGGAGGAGCGCAGGAUCCAUGCCUUUGCCAUGCUGGCAGAGCGACAGCGCCGUAUACGAGAGGCUGAGGAGAGCGGAAGGAGGCAGGUAGAGGAGAGACGCAGGAGAGAGGAGGAUGAGAUCUUCAGGCAGGUCGUCAAUAUCCAUCAGCGAACGGUGGAUUCAUACCUGGAGGACAUUAUUCUCCAUUCUGUAGAGCACACAGCUGAGGAGCAGGCUCGAGAGGAGAUACAACAGAAGGCCAAGGAGAUAAAUGAUAUUGCCUAUGAGAUGGAGAACAGCCGAAGCCGCCUGCAGUCCGAAGAGAUUGUGGCUGAGAUGGUCUACAGCUUCCUCAUCCCAGAGGUCCAGAAGACGUCUGUGCGUGAGAGAGUGAAAGGUUCCCAGAGAAGACACAUUCAGGCGGCUCACCGUAUCAUUCAUGGGAAUACUGAGGAGCUUCUGGGACAGGUGACAAGUGCUUCCCCCCACUGUGAAACAUCUCCCCCACACACUGAGAGUGACACAGGAGGACAAGUGCAGGAGUGACAUCUGCCAGGUCCGUUGUUGGGGAACUCUGGAAUUCAUGCUGUGAGACAGCUGAUGAGAACAGAUCUCUCCGUAUUGGGGUGAAAUCUCAGUAUUUAUGUGACCGGUAAUAAAUUCUGACUUGAUAAUAAAUGAAUGUCCUGUGCUCUUGUCA